CAAUACAAAGAUCUAUCUUUGAUUGAGUCGUAUAUCGAAUGCACUUUUUUUUAUCUUUUCCUUCAUUUUGCAAUACAACUUUUGUGCACUUUAUACGACUUUUAGCAGUGCAAUGUUUCGUGUCCUCACUUAGUUUUAUACAAUUUUUUUUUACAUUUAAAAAUUUCGUACGCAUUUGAGUGAUUUAAUAUUUAAAAUUGAAAAGAAAUAAUAUUUAUCAACAAUGAAUACUACCAUGUUCAUACAUGAUGAAGAUCACAGUCUCUUAGACAUGGACGAAAUCAACAAGAAAGACUGUCACUAUCAUCGGAAGAAUGUAAUGACUGAGAAGAAAUUUAUCCUUGAUGACUAUUGUGACGAUGCCGAUAAUAAUGGCUGGUUAAGUAAAUUAAUAGAGGAGUGGACUCAAGAAGACACAAUUGAUUGGCUGAUGUAUGCUGCAUUGUAUUUAGGACAAAGUUAUUCUUCUAUACAACACAGUCUUGCUAUUGCUGGCCGAGAUCUUCUAUUACUGAGUAAACGUGAUUUUAAAAUGCAUGACUUCAAUUAUGGAGACAAACUUUAUGAUCUACUGCAUUCCCAAAAAAAUUACGACAACUUGACGCGUUUUAUGUCCAAUAAUCGAGGCUCCGGCGCAAGUAAUGACACCAACAAAACACUUAGUUCAGUAAAUUUAUCAGACGCAGAGUCAGACAGUAGUAUUGAUGUCACAAGACCUAAAAGUUAUUCUCCAAGAUACAAAAUUUACAAAACGAAAAAAAACCAACCAACGCAAGGUAAACUAUGGGAAUUCAUAAGAGAUUUAUUAAGGAAUCGUGAAACGUGUCCAAGUUUAAUAUGUUGGGAAGAUUAUUCCCAAGCGAAAUUUCGUUUUGUUAGAAGUGAUGAAGUCGCUAAACGUUGGGGUUCACGUAAAGGGAAUACUAAAAUGACUUACGAAAAACUAAGUCGGGCUAUGAGAUACUAUUACAAGAGUAAAAUAUUUCAACCUGUGUUAGGACGUCGACUUGUUUAUCAAUUUGGUCCUAAUGCCAAAGGUUGGCAAACAGACAAUCCUAAUUUCCGUCGUUAAAAAAUGAACCCAAGAAAUAACAAUUAACACUAUUGAUAAACUAAUUUUUAUAUUACUUAAUUGUUUAUUUAAAUUACACUUCAUGUACUUAUUACAUUUAAACAAAGCCUAUUUUGGUGUUACUUAAAUGCAAGAAUUUAAUAAUUCAAAAUCGAGCUCAAUUAUUUAACACUUAGUAUACAGGAAACAAGAUCUUUAAGAUAUAAAUGCAAAUAAAUUUUAUUACUAGGUCGUACUUCAAUUACGUAAGAGGACGUUUUUCAUGUCUGUACUUAAUUUACUGAAAUAAUUACAAAACUUGAUAAUUAAGAAAAAUUUUUAAUUAAAAUUAGCGUAGCAUAAUUCGCCUAUAAUUAAAUGUAAUUGAUUUUACAAUUACACGGAAAAAAUAUAGCGCUCAGAAGUAUAUUGUAUAGUCACAGAAACAAUACGCAUAACCUAUACACUAGAUUGUUACUGUAACGAUUUACUAUAUCGCUAUGACAACAAUACGCCAGAUGGCUCUGAGAGCAACACGGUAUCGUUAUGAGAACUAUACGUAUUGCUGUGAGACCUUUCUGUAGUCCUGCAUGUUGCAAAUUAUAUGACAUAUUUUAUAAUGUUUAUCAUUAAUAAAUAAAUAAUUUUUAUAAAACAAAAAUAAUUUAUAAAACUUAUUUACUAGUUAUAGUCUACAUAAAGGUUAUAUAUAAAAUUCAAUAUAUCUUUUAAUUUUGGAGGUUAUUAUACAUGUAUAUAUAAUUUAUCUCUAAAUUUGACUAGUUUUUUUUUAAAUUGAUUUUUUUAAUUAAACGUCUAGCAGCAAUUAAACUUAUCGCACUUGGCGCGAAAAUAAAUGUGAGGUUAGACACCGCCAUGUGACCUGGCAACUAUAAAAAGUCGUGUAGGUCUCGCAGCUAUACGAUAGAUAGUUACAGUAACAAUACGGUAUCGUUACCAUAAGUAUACGUAUUAUUGUGGUUACGAUCUACGAGUCGCUAUACUUUAGAUAGUUCAAGAAACAAUAUUUUUUUCCGUGUAAAAGGGGGGAUAUUUAAUACGAUCUGUUACAUAAAAAGAGUAGGGAUCAGUGAUCCUAAAUGCGUUACGUAAUUUAAGUAAAA